GUUGUGAGGAGCGAGCCCGUGAGUCCGAAAUCAUCUGGAUUUAUCACGUCUUAGUUUUGGAGCAUAAAGACAUUGUUCACUAACACCUCAUGACUGACUGCAGUCCUCCGCGAACCGUGUAAGCCGCUUCGUGCGCGAAUUUUAAACUUUGCGCUUGGGAACCUGUGGCAUCUCCAGGUUUUACGCAAUGAAUUUUUGAUCGUUUACCAUUGUGGAACUGUAUGAGGAGUAGCGCUGAUAGAUAUUUUCGUCUUGUACAUACAUACAUAUAUAUAGAUAUAUAUAUAGAGAUUUUUUUUAGUUAAUUUUUGCUGUAAUAAACGGAGUUCACCUUUGGCUCGGAAGAAUGAUUCUCCGAAGAUGUCUCCGAAUGUUGGCCCUUUUGCUUCUGUACACCUCCGUAAAAUCUCAAGAUGCACAACUGGAAGAUGAGACCGUUUUUGACUUGUUUGAAACCAGUAGGAUCACACACAAGACUAUCGGUGUGAAGCUUUUCAAAGGCCUGGACAGCGAUGCUCCAGCAUACCGCUUCAUCCGUUUCGACCAGCUCCCCUCAGUCAGCUCCUCAGCGCUACAAAAACUUCUUUUGCAGAUACAAAACAAUGAAGGCUUCAUUCUGACAGCCACUCUGCGCCAGGACCGCACAUCCCGUGGCACCAUUCUUGCACUGGAAGGCCCCGGAGAGCGCAGACAGUUUGAAGUUGUUUCGGACGGAAGAACCAACACUUUAGAUUUGGUGUACUGGUGGGCUGAUGGCUCACGAAAUGUGAUCUCUUUUGAGGAUGUAGACCUCUCGGAUUCACAGUGGAAGAAUGUAACACUCUAUGUUCAUGGAGAGAUGGCAACUUUGUACAUUGGUUGUGUACUUAUUGAUAGCUUUAUUCUCGAUGAACCUUUCUAUGAACACCUGAGCGCCACAGGUGGUCGUAUGUAUGUAGCCAAAGGGGCCACACGAGAAAGCCAUUUUAGGGGCUUGCUGCAGAAUGUACGUUUUAUCUUUGACAUCCCACUUGAGGACAUUCUGGAGAGCAGGGGAUGUGAUCUUGGAAACCCAGUCGAGGUGAAUGUAGUCAGCGAGAGUGAAGAGGAGGUGGAGGUUCCAUCUUCAAUUGCCACCAACGUGAUUGGACAGAAUACAGAUGUUCCAGCAACCAGUUCCUCAGAACUGAUGUGUGAACGUUCCUGUGAAGAACUGGCCAACCUCUUCCAGGAGCUCAAGGGUCUCAGAGUUGUCGUUAGCAACCUCAUAGAUGGUCUGCAGAAAGUGACAGAAGAAAACACGGCGAUGAAGGAGGCAUUAAAUAAGAUGCAGAGUCUUUCGGAGCAGACUAUGUGCUGGCAAGAUGGUCGUGUGUUUGAGGACAAAGAGGACUGGAUUGUGGAUAGCUGUACUAAAUGUACCUGCCAAGAAGGAAAAGUUGUUUGUCGUCAGAUCACUUGUCCUCCAGUGGCAUGUGCCAAUCCAUCCUUCAUCGAUGGCGAAUGCUGUCCAGUUUGCUUUCCAAUGGAUAGUGAUGAUGGCUGGUCUCCAUGGUCAGAGUGGACUCAGUGCACAGUCACAUGUGGAAGUGGCACUCAACAGAGGGGGCGCUCUUGUGAUGACACAAGCAAUAAAUGUGCUGGACCCUCGAUUCAGACACGCAAGUGCAGUUUGGGAAAAUGUGAUCGCAGAGUUCGCCAGGAUGGUGGCUGGAGCUUAUGGUCUCCAUGGUCAGCCUGCUCAGUGACAUGUGGAGAGGGACUGAUCACACGUAUCCGCCACUGCAAUGCACCUGUUCCACAAAGAGGUGGAAACGACUGUGCAGGUGAUGGACGAGAGACACAGAGCUGUAACAAGGACCCCUGUCCAAUUGAUGGUGGCUGGGGUCCAUGGUCUCCCUGGGCAACAUGUUCAGCUACAUGUGGAGGGGGUCUGAAGAGUCGUGUUAGGGAGUGUAACAGCCCUGGACCACAGCAUGGAGGAAGGAAGUGUCUUGGAGACUCCAUUGAAAAUGAAGUAUGCAACCGACAGGAGUGUCCUAUUGAUGGCUGUCUUUCGAACCCUUGCUUCUCCGGAGUCGAGUGUAUCACAGCUUCUGAUGGAUCCUGGGAAUGUGGACCCUGUCCAAAUGGUUACCAUGGCAAUGGAACUUCCUGUGAAGAUGUCAAUGAGUGCGAUAUGGUAUCAGAUCUGUGUCAUAAGGUGGGUGGCCUACAGCAAUGUGUGAAUACAGACCCUGGAUUCCACUGUCUCCCCUGCCCCCCGCGCUACAAAGGGACUCAGCCCUACGGCAUAGGAGUGGAGUCAGCUAAAACCAACAAACAGGUGUGUGAACCCUACAACCCCUGCAAGGACAACAGCCACAGUUGCCACAAGUAUGCUGAAUGCAUCUUCCUUAGUCACGUCAGUGACCCAAUGUACAAGUGUGAGUGCCGUACUGGUUAUGCUGGAGAUGGCAUCAUCUGUGGAGAGGACUUUGAUCUGGAUGGAUGGCCAAACCAGAAUCUUGUGUGUGGAGCAAAUGCCACCUACCAUUGCAAAAAGGACAACUGUCCGACUUUACCCAACUCUGGUCAGGAGGACUUUGACAAUGAUGGGCAAGGAGAUGCUUGUGAUAAAGAUGAUGACAAUGAUGAAAUUGUGGAUGAAAGGGACAACUGCCCCCUGAUGUAUAACCCCAGGCAAUAUGACUAUGACAAGGAUGAUGUUGGAGACCGUUGUGAUAACUGCCCAUAUGAGCAUAACCCUGCUCAGACCGACACCGACAACAACGGGGAAGGAGAUGCCUGUUCUAUUGAUAUGGAUGGAGAUGAGAUUCUAAACGAGCGAGACAACUGCCCUCUCAUUUACAACACGGACCAGAAAGACACAGAUUUAGAUGGUGUCGGAGACCAGUGUGAUAACUGCCCCUUAGUUCACAACCCACAGCAGACGGAUGCAGAUAAUGAUCUAAUUGGAGACCAGUGUGAUGACAACCAGGACAUAGAUGAAGAUGGCCAUCAAAAUAACAUGGAUAACUGCCCGUACAUAGCCAAUGCUAACCAAGCAGACCACGACGGAGAUGGGAAAGGAGAUGCUUGUGAUUUUGAUGAUGAUAAUGAUGGCAUUCCUGAUGACCGGGAUAACUGCAGACUAGUUUCCAACAAGGACCAAACAGACUCUGAUGGGGAUGGCCGUGGUGACGCCUGUGAGAAUGAUUUUGACAACGACGAAGUCCCGGAUAUCUUCGAUGCCUGCCCGGAAAACAAUGCCAUCAGUGUCACAGAUUUCCGGAAGUUUCAAAUGGUUCACCUCGACCCCAAGGGAACCACACAGAUAGAUCCCAACUGGGUGGUCCGAAACCAAGGCAAAGAGCUUGUACAGACUGCCAACUCAGACCCUGGAAUUGCAGUGGGCUUUGAUGAGUUCAGCGCUGUGGAUUUCAGUGGGACCUUUUAUGUGAAUACAGACAGGGAUGAUGACUAUGCAGGUUUUGUGUUUGGAUACCAGUCUAGCCGACGAUUUUACGUAGUAAUGUGGAAACAGAUCACGCAGACGUACUGGGAAGAGAAGCCAUCAAAGGCGUUUGGCAUCUCUGGCGUCUCUCUCAAGGUGGUCAACUCCACCACAGGCACUGGGGAAAUUCUACGCAAUGCAUUAUGGCACACAGGCAACACCAAACAGCAGGUACGCACUCUGUGGCACGACCCGAAGAAUAUGGGCUGGAAAGACUAUACAGCCUACCGCUGGCAUCUCAUCCACAGACCGAAGACUGGCUUCAUUAGAGUUGUUGUGUAUGAAGGCAAGCAGAUCAUGGCAGACUCAGGCCCCAUUUAUGACAAGACAUUUGCAGGUGGAAGAAUCGGGUUAUUCGUUUUCUCCCAGGAGGCCGUCUUCUUCUCUGACCUCAAAUAUGAAUGCAGAGAUAACUGAGUGUGAUUGGUGUGCUGUAUCUCCUGUCAUGGACUUUUCUGAUCAAAGCAAAUCCGGAUCAGUGUAGUGCCUUAGUAAAAAAAGAAAAUGAGACUUUCUGCAAUAAGGGCCCACAUGAGAGGAGUACUCAGUUCCACAAACCAGAGGUGCCUUCAAGAAGUGAAUAUACCUUCACUUGGCCAAGUAUGAAAUAAAACAAAAGUUUGGUCAGCAUUGCUUUAGAUUCUCAGUUAAAUGUUGCACAAAUAAUCUUUGUAAUGCUACAUUGAGUCCUGCCAUCUUGAAAAUGAACCCAAGGCUGUGAGUGUUGAGGGUUUAUCGUUUUCAUUUUAUCUCAUCUAUUCUUUUAUAUGUCUUUCUCGUCAUCCUUGUGGAGAACAUUUUUUGUGGCUUUUGUGUUUGUUGCAAGCAUUAGGGGAGAUGUAUUAUUUUCAGACCUUUUCUACUAUCUACUGUAACUUAUUUGUCUUUUUUCUGGUUAUUAGUUAUCAUUUCUUUUGUAAUGUAUCCCUCACUGACAAAUUGUACAUACUUAUUUAUUUGUUUACAUUGACAAUUUUUUACAGAUGAGGUUUAAAAGAAUGUUUUGCAUAUGUUAUCAAAUUGCAUUCAAGUCAGUAAGGCUUUGUCAUUGGCUAUUACUGUACAGUAUCUACAUACAGUAGAAAAUGAAUGUGACAAGAGGAAGUGUAAUGUAAUAUUCCUGAACAUUUCAGAAGUGUAAAGGUGUUUCACAUUUCUUUUAAACUACAAAGCCUGCAUGUAAGUAACCAUCGCUUAAAGGGAUACUCGACCCCAAAAUAAAAAUUUUGUCAUUAAUCACUUACCCCCAUGUCGUUCCAAACCCAUUAAAGCUUUGUUCGUCUUCUUA